GUGCUCUCUUGCAGGUGUGUGUGUGAGUGUGAGAGAGCCAUGCAGAGCUCGGCAGGUGUGAGUGUGUGUGUGUGUGUUCUGUGCGGGGUACCUGCAGUGGGGAAGUCCACCCUCACACACACUCUCUCUGAGGCCCUUCACACACACGGCUGGACCUCCGUCACCGUGUCUUAUGAUCAGCUCCUCCCUGAGGAGACUCUCCACCUCCACACACCUCACAGAGACGAGGAGGAGGAGGAGGCAGCACGUGCAGAGACAGGGUGGAAGCAGCACAGACAGGCCGUGUUGGAGUGUGUGGAUGGUCUUCUGCAGGAGCUCACCGCUGACACACCUCACACGCACACCGGAUCAGGAGGAGGAGGAAGUGUGUUUGAACGGUUUAAGGUGGCCAUGGAGGAGCAGCAGAUCCACUCUGUGUUACAGGACACACACUCCAGCCCUCAGAGACUCGUCCUGCUGCUCGACGACAACUUCUACUACCACAGCAUGAGAUACCAAGUGUUUCAGCUCGCGCGCAGGCGUUCGGCGGGGUUCUGUCAGCUCUACCUGCGCUGUCCACUGGAGCUGUGUCUCCAUAGAAACAGGGUCAGAGGUCAGCUGGUAUCGGAUGAUGUCAUCAUUGAGAUGGCCAAGCGCAUAGAGCCUCCGAACUCGGAGAAGAACCCGUGGGAGAAAAACAGCGUGACUGUGGACACGACACACACCGUGACACACACACACAUACAGGAGUUGCUGCAGGUGAUUUUUUCAGCAGUAGAAAAUCCUCUGAGUCCAGUUCAGGAUGAUUCAGAACAGAGGGAGGCAGACAGACAGCUGUGUGCCUGCAGUGUGGUGCACCAGGUGGAUCAGGUGUGCAGGAGACUCGUGUCUCAGGCCAUGAUCACAGCCAGAGCAUGCACACAAAGCGCUGAGGAUCUGAAGUCGUUGGCGAGAGCCCUGAGCGAGGAGAAGAGUCGCUUCCUGCAGGAGCUCCGAGCUCAGGUUCUCCAGCAGCUGCAACAGGACGAGUGUGUGUGUGUGGAGCGCGUGGUCACCAUGGCGACCGGGUCGUUUACUCGCAGAACGCAUGUGACGAUGGAGCGACACGGCGUACGUUCCACGCCCAACUCGUAAUCACGACGUCUCUGCUGUGCUUCUUACUCAAUCAGACUCGUUAAUUCACUUUACUGAAAAUAACUUUGAUAGGAAUCUACAGAGAGAUGAUUAUAGAGACUUUAUGAUCAGGUUAAUAUAAAACGAGCGCUAUCUGAGGAGAGAGAGCAGAAAGUGUGUCCUGUCUGCUGUCAUGCCUUUGACUGAUUUACAUCAACAUGAUAAACGUGAACAGAGCACUGAGUCCUCAACUAAUUUAAUUUAUUUACAUUUUGUUUGUAUGGCGCUUUUAUAAAUGGUCAUUCACGUAAAGCAGCUUCACACAAUCAAAAGAAAAUUAUGGAAAUGUGAAAAAUGUGUAUGAAUUAAAUGAUCAGAUCGUCCCUGAUGAACAAGCCGAGGACGACGGUGCUGAGGGAAAAACUCCCUGAGAUGGUAAUUGAAAGAAACCUUGAGAGGAACCAGACUCACCAGGGAACCCAUCCUCAUCUGGGUGAUAACGGAUGCCCUGGUUCCCUUAAAUCCUACUACAUUUUCUAAUCUGUGAAGGAGAGCACUAUAAUUAAUGGAGGUCGAGGUAUACAAGCAGAGACGUAACCCUGAUCAGAGACCAGUGUUCCAGAUUUAGUAACAAACCCACUGCUGAGUGAAGAGUUCAUUAUUUUUAGCAGGGUUCUGUUAUUGCUGGUACUAUCUGCUUGAGAAAAUGUCUCGGGAUAAAUGUAUUUAAUUCACAGGUUGAUGAAUUUGCAGAAGAGAUGAGUGAAAUUAGUUCAUUGUCUUCAAGGGGAGUAAAGUAUUUUAGGUUCUAAUGUGAUGGUUAGUUUAACAUCUGUAUCACUUAAAUUGUCUGGUUUUAAAGCCUGAAUUUUUUGCCUAAUAUUUAUGAUUUUGGUACUGAAAAAGUCAAAGAUAUCAAAGAUAAUAACACUAAUAAAACUUGUUUUAUUAUAAAUGUAUAAAUAUUUCUGUUUU